AUGCCAACCAAACGACAACGGCGCCAGGCCGAUACUGCAGAUGCAGACCUCGCUGCAGGCCCCCCACAGUUCGACUCGGUCUCAUUCAUCAAUCGCUUCGUGCCGUCAACCACGCCGGCAGCACAAGCCAAUGAUGACAAAAGAACUGCUAAUAGCACUUCUCAGAGAGAUGCUCACCCGGCUGCCACGCCGAUGCCUCCACCGGGCCGAGAAACCACUGGAGAUUCCGUCGUGUUUGAUGCCCUGCCCGGCAUCACCCGUAAGAUCACUGCCUGCGCAGCUUGCCGCAAGAACAAGAUCAAAUGUGAUAUGCCCUCAAGUGGGCCGCCGUGCACACGAUGCCGGCGGCGGUCCUUGUCGUGUGUGUUGAAUCGCAGUUUGCAGUCACUACUCGAGGAUACCAAAAACACCGAUAAUCUCAAAACAGACAUCCGAAAUAUUCACAAAACUCUUACAACGAUUUGCCAACAUCUAGAGUUGGAACAGCCUGAUCCUCUAUUAAGCGCUAAUUCUGCACAGACAGCACAAUACGUUGCCAAUGGUCGUCAAGCUGAAACCGGUGAUGACAACGAUGGCUGUGAGGUCUCUCCACCAGAGUCGCCAUCUGCUUCCCAUGCCCCAAUCGACACAUUCUUAACCAUGGCUAAGAUUGGCCGGCGCCCUUCGGUUAGCUCUCAGCAAAGUAGAAGGCGUCCUGAUUUGUGGCAGGAAGACCUCGUCAGCAAAUCAAUUGUUACUUUAACAGUGGCGGAGAGUCUCCUAGAACGAUACUUUUCGCGCCUGGACCACUAUCUUUACGGUAUUGCAGUGGGCCAAGAUGACAUUCAGAAACUCCGGUUUCAAUCACCCGUACUGUUCGCAGCAAUGUGCACCGUAUCUGCUAUUCAUGAUACGCAUGAUUCGCAGUUAUACGAAGCCUGCAACCGAGAACUGCGCCAGCUGGUGUCGCGCUCCAUGUUCGAGAAGCGAGAUGUGAACUACAUUCGAGCACUAUGUAUUUCUUCUUUUUGGCUACCAGAUGCUUCUCGAAUUUUAUCAAGCGACGCUAUUCGUCGAGCAGCAGAUAUUCGUCUUCACCGUGUUGAUGAGUCUGCGAUGGUGCAGGACAAUCAAACGGCGCUGGGAGGGACUCCCUUCAAAAUGACAGAUCGCCUCCGCCUAUGGUAUCUGUUGUUUAUCUGCGACCAGCAUCUCUCUAUUUUACACAAUCGUGAUGCCCUUCUCCGUGGUGAUAAGGCAGUCACUUCUGACUGGGAGUCCUAUAUUCACCAACCAGAGACAACACAGGACGACAUUCGCAUACUAUCACAGGUCUCGUUACUGUUAAUAAUGAGCGAAAUUCGAGAUACGCUCGGCUCUGAAUUUGAUUCCCAGAUGCCGCAGCUACUUUUUGGUCAGAUAACCAAUUAUUCACGUCAGCUGGAUCGCUGGUUCAGCAGGUUUUCGGGAUUAUUUCAACCGAAUCCUCAAAUUGCCGAAUUCCCACGAAAAGGCCUGGAGCUUCACUAUCAAUUCGGCAAGUUGUAUCUCGGUCAUCAUGUCUUUCGAAACCUUAAAGGACAACCAAUUCCCUCUCAUUCAUUGACGGCUGCAAUAAUGGCGCACGACGCUGCCGUUACCAUUUUUGAUAUGAUUUUGACGGACACAACCCUUCAGGGCAAUCUCGUCGGUGUUCCUCAUUAUUUUCAUAUAAUGAUUGCCUUUGCCGGGAAUUUCCUGCUGGAGAUUUGCAAAAACUAUCAUGACCAACUUGGCAUCGAAGCCUCAAAUGAUUUCGCACUAGUCGAACAAGUGCUGGGUCUGUUCCAGGCAACACCAUGCAUUGCCCAGCACCCUAUCCAACGGAUGACGGUUGGCUUAGGCCGUAAGUUGUAUGACUGUGCUUCUUUUGUGGGUAUUCCAGAGGAUCACCUACGUAAUACUGCUGCAUAUGCGGCAGGUGUGCAUAUGCAAAAGGAGCAAAACUCUCUUACGUCCGCUGGAGGGAUGCAAAUACCUCAUGAGCAGCUGGGAUAUUCGGUCCAGUCGCAGGUUCCUGUAUCACAAACGACUCCCGACGACUUUUUCUUAUUUUCUGAUUUGAAUUUUGGUUUUACAAAUAUGACUGGGUUAAUGGGAAUGGAGUAG